AUGACUACAUUAUCUCUUUAUGAUCUGGAUCCAGCAUUUUUACGUGCACAAUCUUAUGAUAAUGCAAGUAAUAUGGCUGGUGCAUAUAGUGGCUUACAAGCCAGAAUUAAAGAAAUAAAUCCAUUAGCCAAUUUUGUCCCCUGUGCUGCUCAUUCCUUGAAUUUAGUAGGGACAUGUGCAGCCAGUGCCUGUCGUGAAGCUUGCGAAUUUUUUGAUAUUAUUCAAAAUAUAUACAACUUUUUUACAGCUUCCACGCAUAGAUGGUCUGAAUUAAAAGGAACCGUAAAAUGUCUUUCAGCAACCCGUUGGUCAGCCCGUGAUGAUGCUUGUCAUUCCUUAUCCAAAAAUUGGAAUAAUAUAGUACAUGCUCUACAGAAAAUUUCAAAUAAUAGAAAUGAAAAGCCUUCAACAAAAUGUGAAGCUGUUGGCUUACUUAAGAAACUCAACCGCCUUGAAACAGUAUUUAUGACAAUUUUUUGGACAAACAUUUUAGACCGUGUAAAUAAAACUAGUAAAAAGCUACAGUCUGUUGACAUAGAUUUAAUUACAGUUGUUGAACUAUAUCAAUCCUUAAUUCAUUAUGUUGAAUCUUUAAGAAACGAAGAUUCCUUCAAGAUAUUAGAAGAUAUUGCCAUAACAAAAUCUGGAAUAAAGGAUUACAAUGACCAUAAUAAACGGAAAAGAAAAAGGAAAAUACACAUUGAUGAAAACAACGAUAAUGAAAUAUUAUUUUCAGAAAGAGACUAUUUGAUCAUAAACACUUAUUAUGUUAUACUUGACAAGCUGUCAUAUGAAUUGAAAAAAAGGAAACUAGCUUAUGAUGAAUUGGUGAAAAAUUUUUUUUUCUUUUUUAAGUUACAUGAAAUUACUCCAGCAAAAGUAAGAGAAGAUGCUGAAGUAUUGCAAAAAACUUACCCAAAUGAUUUAGCAACAUGUUUUGUAAAUGAGUGUGUACAAUUUCAAGGUCAUAUAAAAAACAUUGAUGUUAAGCUUACAACAAUACAGAUGUUACAGUUUAUAAGAGAACAUGAUUUUACUAGUGUUUAUCCCUAUGUUGAAGUAGCUUUACGUAUUUUCUUGUGUACACCAUCUACAAAUUGUAGUGCAGAGCGUUCUUUUUCCACACUAAAAAGAAUAAAAAACUAUUUGCGGUCUACAAUGGCACAAGACCGCUGCUCGGCAUUAGCGGUGUUAGCAAUUGAAGCUGAAAUAACUACUUCAUUAGAUUAUGAAAAAAUAAUUAAUGAUUUUGCUACAUCUGAAUCAAGGAAGAAAAUGUUUUGA